UUCCUCUUGCCCAAUCACCAGUACAAUUCCCAUUCCCGGAGUUCGUUCGUUCUUCUAGCUUUCCUCCUCCUCCUUUAUUUCUUCCCGAACAGAGAAAACAGCCCCCGAUUUCGUGUAGAAAAUGAGUAGAUUUUGGACGUUGGUCACCCAACUUCAUACUCUUUCCGGGCCAGUUUUGAUGUUGCUGUAUCCACUUUAUGCGUCGGUGGUAGCCAUCGAAAGCACAUCCAAAUUGGACGAUGAGCAGUGGUUGGCUUAUUGGAUCAUCUACUCCUUUCUUACUCUCAUGGAAAUGGUUCUUCAGCCUGUAUUAGAGUGGAUACCAGUUUGGUAUUCGGUGAAAUUAGUAUUUGUGGCGUGGCUGGUUCUGCCACAGUUCAAAGGUGCAGCUUUCUUGUAUGAUAGAUUCGUGAGGCAGCAAAUAAAGAAAUAUGGUGGUAUGGGAAGCAAUUCUGCUGAUGCCAAAGCCAAGAAUCACUAAUUCACAUAAUUAUAGAAGGAUGGGGGCAGGAAUCUUGAUGAAGAAGGCUAUUGUAAAGAAGAGUUGGUUGCUUCGUGGUGGACCAUCCUUGUGGAUUUGACUUCUUUUGUCUCUUGUUUUCGUGUAUGGUUAUGUAAAAAAAGAACUUGUAUUGGGCAUAUUUGUAUAUGAAGCAACUCUUUUUUCCCCUAGUUUU